CCAAACUUCCUCCAGGGGCAAAGGAACCACUUUGCCCUCUCCUGCCGGACCCCCCCGUCGCGGUACCGGACCCCCGCCCGCCUCCACCCGCGGCCCAAGGUCUCGACCCCCCCAGCAGGGGCUGGGGGUGGGUAAGCUGUCGCCAUGGGGGUUAAAUCGAUGCUCCCCAAAUACGAGUUGGGGUUUUAUGCUCUCGUGGUCACCUGCGCCGUGGUCUACAGCAGCACCGAGAUUUUCCAAGCAUCCCGAGACAGCAUGAACAGGAAAGCCUUUCGGGAUGGCAUCAAGCCAGGCUGGCACUACUUUGGCAGGAAGAUGGAUGUGGCUGAUUUCGAGUGGAUGAUGUGGUUCACCUCCUUCAGGAAUGUCAUCAUCUUUGCCCUCUCAGGACACGUCCUCUUUGCCAAGCUCUGCUCUAUGAUUGUGCCCCAGCAUCGAGCUGUGAUGUACAUGCUGUAUGGGGCCCUGGCUGUGCUGGAAAGCAUGGGAAUUGUCUACUUGAUGAUCAUCCUCUCCCACUGCGUUGUCUUCUACUCCAUUGCACUGAGCAAGCAGAAGUGGCUCUGCUACCUGGCUGGGUUUUGCUGUCUUGCCUCCUUGAAGGUGGAACCACUCAGCUCCUGGCAGAGUGGAUUUGUAACAGGAGCUUUUGAUCUUCAAGAUGUCCUCUUCUAUGGAGGAAGCAGCUUCACCAUCAUGCGCUGCAUGAGCUUUGCCCUUGAGAGCUCAGAGAGGAAAGAAGGCAUCUACUCCAUCUUUGACCUCCUCAAAUACAACUUCUACCUCCCCUUCUUCUUCUUCGGGCCUGUCAUGACAUUUGACCAGUUCUAUGCCCAGGUGAGCACCCGAGAGCUGAGACGCAAAGAUGAGGAGAUGAGGAACAUCAGGAUCCAAGCCCUGCUCCACGUGGGGGCCAUCAUUGCUGUGGACAUCUUCUUCCACUUCUUCUACAUCCUCACCCUUCCUUCUGACCUGAAGUUCAUGAACCGCCUCUCGGACUGGGCCCUGGCUGGCUUGGCCUACUCCAAUUUGGUGUAUGACUGGGUGAAAGCUGCUGUCAUGUUUGGGGUCACCAACACCAUUGCCAGACUGGACCACUUGGACCCACCUCAGCCCCCCAAAUGCAUCACCAUGCUCUACCUCUUUGCAGAAACGCAUUUUGACAGAGGGAUUAAUGAUUGGCUGUGCAAGUAUGUGUAUGACCACCUUGGAGAGAACCAUGACAACAUCCUCAAAGAGCUUGUGGCCUCGAUUGCCACCUUUGCUGUCACCACCCUGUGGCUGGGGCCUUCUGAGGUUGUUUACAUCUGGUCUGUCGUCAACUGCUUUGGUCUCAACUUUGAGCUCUGGGUGCAGAAGUUCUUCCAGCAGAAGCUUUUUGCCAAACUGGAGAGCAAAUUACCAGGCUCCAUGUCUCGACGGAUUAGGGCACUUUUUGGGGCUGUAAAUUUCUGGGCCAUCGUCCUCUACAACAUCCUUGCCCUCAACAGCCUGGACUUUGCCCUGCUGGUCAGCAAAAGACUCCUGCUCACAGGUUUCCCUGUCAGCACCUUGUCCAUCUGGUUCAUCACAUACUGUGGGGUGCAGCUGAUCAAAGAGCGUGAGCGCAUCCAGGCCCUGGAGGAGGAGGAGUGUGACAAAGCAAAGGUGGAAUAGAAGAAGGCAUCAAUGGACUUGUCCCAAAGCCUCAUAUCUCCCUUCCAGCCACUGCUGCUGGGCUGGCCACUGGCAGGGGCUUUCCAAGCACUCCUGGCAAUCAGACUGCUGUAGCUCAUCCACGUAGAAGUCACCUGGAAGGCACAGGACACCCCCUUGCUGCAGGGAAGUUUUUUCUGUAAGACCCAGUGGAUGUUUCUCAGGCUCCCCAUGGGUGGCAGACUGCUGAGGUAGGCUCCCAGGACAUUUCUUGAAUGCCAGGAAGAGCCAUUCCCAUCAUUUUCCUGACCCUCUGAUGUUGUGCAGGCUUAAAGAUUUCACCCCCUGCUUCCCAUCAUACUUGGUCUGCCAGACCUUGGCUCUCCCACAGGACUUGUUGGCCAAGUCUCCCAGAGGAAACACAUCAAAGUCCAAUGGCUGGAGGGUUUUUAAUGUGGGCCAGACACACAGCUCUGAGAAAAAGAUGAGCUGGAGCAGAACCUGCUCUGAGCAGACCAUCUCCAGGGCAUUUCCAGCCCAAGCAUCCCCUGUGUCCUUAUCUACAAGAAAUGGUCAGGGUUUGCAGUCAAGUGUUUGGCAUCCAGAGCUGUGCAGUGAAGACUGAAAUGGCUCAACCUGAUCCACACCUCCCAGGUUGCUGAGGAACAAACAUCACAGCCUUUCCAGCCAAGGGAAGGAGGACCAGGAAGGAUGCCUUAAGGGUCAUUAUCUCCCCAGCAGUGUCAGUGGUGCAGAGUGAUGGCUGUUGCCACCUUAAACCCUCUGCAAAGCAGGUCCCUUCAGAGCUAAAUGUCUUGAAAACAAAUUAUUUAGUGCCAACACCAGGCACAGUUAAGGAGUGCAGGAGCCCUGACUGCUUUGCAGCCACCAACCAUCAUGUAGAGGUCACCUGGGGAACAGGAGAAACACAACCCAUGGCUCACAGCUGCUUCCCAACUCAGGCCUGAGCCUCACAGCAACCAUCCCACUGUGAUGUGUGUCCUGGGACUCCAACCAAAUCUCACUUGGUGGUUUUUACACCCCACGGACAAAGGUUUAAGCUCACAUUCCUGCCCAGGGCUGAGGAACAGAAGAUGCUGGAGCCAACUUUUGCUCCUCUCCAUCCAUCCAUCCAUCCAUCCAUCCAUCUCUUGACUCAGCUGGAUGGCUGCACACCCUGUGCCUGCAUGGCUGAAGGAGCACAUGCACAGCUGUACAACCAAAGGAAGACCCCAGUUAAAGGGCAGUGCUUUGGGACUUGGUGGCAGAAGGAGAAGCCCAUGGGAGAUUCCUUGGAGAAGCAGACUCUGGGACACUGCACAGGGAGUGCUUUGAGUAAACAUCCAAGUGUGAAACACGGUGCCUUGGGGGAAAGAUGGGUUUGUAACUCAAACUGUAGCUCUCUUGCCCUUGCUCUCUGGCUCUCUUGCACUUUAGAGUAACUUCCAGUGGCCUUAUGUCUGAGUUCCAUCAACUUUUGGGGAGGGCAGAAUCUGGACCACUUUGCCACGUGGGUUGAGAUGCUUGGUGCUGGUGUGUUCUGGCUUCCCUGUGGAUGAACCAGGAUCAGUUCCUAGCCAGCUUUCAGCUCUGCCAAAGUCAUUUGUGAACUCACAAUGUCUUUUAUUUAUGUAGUAAAUAAAUGUUGGAGAUCUCUGGUG